UCUUUGUUCUCUUUUCUCUUGUUCUGCCUUCUGGGUACUAUUGCUCAUUCUUUUAUACAUAUUGAUCAACUAUGGUAGAUGAGAAGAAACAGAACCCGGAGACUGAGAGAAUGAAAAAUAACCUCGAAUAUGCGAAGCUUGUGUACCACUACUUAAUCUCCAACGCCAUGUACUUCUUGCUCGUGCCGCUUCUUGGCAUGACUUUAGCUCAUCUUUCAACAUUCACCCUCCGAGAUUUCGUCAAGCUAUGGCAAACCCUAGAGUUUGAUCUUGUUUCGGUUGUUUCGGUGACCCUAUGCUCAAGCCUGUUUGUUUUCCUGGGCAGCCUUUACUUCACGAACCGCCCAAGAAAAGUUUACUUGGUAAACUUUGCGUGUUACAAGCCUGGAACGGAGUAUAUGUGCACAAGGGAGAUUUUCAUUCAAACGGUUCGUAAUAGUGGGUGUUUCUCAGAGGAAAACUUAGCCUUUCAAAAGAAGAUUUUGGAAAGGUCCGGGUUGGGCCAGAAGACCUACUUGCCGGAGACCCUCAAGAGGGUCCCGGAAAAAUGGCCGUGCAUGGCGGAUGCAAGGAAGGAGGCUGAGUCUGUGCUGUUCGGAGCCAUUGAUGAGCUCUUGGAAAAGACCCGAGUGAAGACUAAAGAUAUAGGGAUUCUUGUGGUUAACUGUGGCGCCUUCAGUCCAACCCCGUCCCUCUCCGCCAUGAUUGUGAAUCACUACAAGCUCAGGGGGAACAUUUUAACCUACAAUCUUGGUGGCAUGGGUUGCAGUGCUGGGAUUAUUUCUAUAGACCUUGCUAAAAAGUUACUAGAGGCGCAACCCAACUCCUAUGCCUUAAUAGCGAGUACCGAGAACACGACUCUCAACUGUUACUACGGAAACGAUCGGUCAAUGCUAGUCUCAAAUUGCCUCUUCCGCAUGGGUGCGGCGGCCAUCCUCCUAUCCAACCGAUCCUCUGAUCGUCGUCGCUCGAAGUAUGAGCUCGUGCACACCGUGCGUACCCACAAGGGCGCCGAUGAUAAGUUCUACAAGUGUGUCUUUCAAAGAGAGGAUGACGAAGGGAAAGUUGGUUGCUCGCUCUCAAAGGACAUAAUGGAAGCCGCUGGAGAAGUCCUCAAAACCAACAUCAUCACACUCGGGCCAUUAGUCCUUCCCAUGUCGGAAAAGCUUCUAUUUUUGGCAUCUUUGGUGGGAAGGAAAAUCUUUAAGAUGAAGAUGAAAGCCUAUGUUCCAGAUUUUAAGCUGGCUUUCAACCACUUUUGCAUUCAUGCAGGAGGGAGAGCAGUGCUAGAUGCUCUAGAGAAGAACCUUGAGCUCACAGACUGGCAUAUGGAACCCUCAAGAAUGACUCUUUAUAGGUUCGGAAAUACUUCUAGCAGUUCUUUGUGGUAUGAAUUGGCUUACUUAGAGGCCAAGGGGAGGAUUAGGAAGGGUGAUCGGACGUGGCAGAUUGCUUUCGGUUCGGGAUUCAAGUGUAACAGUGCUGUGUGGCGAGCACUAAAGACCAUCGAUCCAACUGAGGAGAAGAAUCCUUGGACGGAUGAGAUUCACGAGUUUCCAGUUGAUGUGCCGAAAAUGGUAUCUGUCAAUGUUUCUAGAAAAUUUUAAUGCAUUCAAGCGGGGGGAAUAUGUGUCUGUUAGUUCUGAUUAUAAUCUACAACAAUAAUGCAUGGCCAAAUUGUGAGAGUUAGAGUAGUACGUGUAGCACUAUAUAUGGUGCAGUUGUUAUAUUUCAAUAAAUUUUUAUUAUGAAUGGUC